UGCUCUCCAACAAACGCAGCAGACUGCGCUUUGAUUUAUUGCCAACUUAUCCCAGCAGCAGCAGCAGCCCAUGUCUCAGAAUGAAUCAGAGCUUACUCAGUUGCAGCCCCACCAUCAUCAAGAAAAGCAAGAGACAUCAGCAACAUCUUCUACAGAUUCCACAGCUCGAACAGGACAUGAAAAUGGGGGUGAUUGGCAAGAAGAGGUCUACCAAAAAAUCAGGGCCAUGAAAGAGACAUACUUCUCUGAAUUAUAUGAGAUACAACAGAAAAUUGCAGCCAAGUUGCUGCAGGUAGAGGUAGGUAUCCUUUCACGUAAUCAACCUUCAAAGAGUAAUCGAAUCCAACUGCAUGAACCCCUGCCUCCUUGUAUCUCUAAAUUGAAUAUGGAGAGGACUUCACUACACUUCAGGAAGCUUUAAGUCCCAUACCGCUUUUUAAUUGCUACUUGAAUCCCUUUCCUUUUGGCACUGUUUACUGGUUGCACUUUAUGCUUAUCUGAUGUAAUAGUGGUUUGUUAUUCUACUUGCAUCAGUUAAAACAA